AUGGAGUUGGAGUCUCCCCAGCUGCUCGCUUCCCUCCUCGGCGCCGCUGCCGUGCGCUCUUCGCCGACGCCGGAGGCCAUCCGGCUGCCGAGCACGGCGGGGCACGCCCAGCAGGCCUGCGCCGCCGCGCCGGCGGACCCCGCCGUGUACGAGUACGACCGGCCGGUCAUUGGCAUCGUGACGCACCCGGGCGAUGGCACUUGCGAGAUGCGCACCCACGGCCCCGGCUCCUACAUCGCCGCCUCCUACGUCAAGUUCGUCCAGUCCGCCGGCGCCCGCGUCGUCCCGCUCCUCUACGACGAGCCCGAGGAGCGCCUCCUCGAGCUGCGUGCUUCGGAGGCUGCCUGCCAUAAAACUGGGUUUGGUGAAUGGCGUGCUGUUAACUGGUGGAUCACACAAGAAUGGUUCAUAUUUUGA